CUUUCUUCACAAGACGACGGAAUUUGAAGCCGCAUAUUGCCGCCUUCUGCAGCUGCCAUGGCUAGGAAGAAUAUUGUUUAUGGUGUGAUCCACGCACCCCGCAGACAUUCAAGGUCUCGGUCGCAUACAUUGGAAGCAACUGCAGCCGUGAGCGCGAGGUUUAAAAGAGCUAUAUAUACCGUCAAGAAUAGACAAUAGACAAUCUCGAGGAAUUGCUGAGGUCUGAUCAAACGAUUACCUACGAUGCCUUCGACACAAUUCGCGUUUAAGGAAAAGUACCAAUAUCAAAAUGGCUUCGGCUCCUAUCACGAGUCUGAAGCGGUAGAAGGCGCGCUCCCCAUCGGCACCAACUCGCCCCAAAAACCACCAUACGGGCUAUACGCCGAGAAGCUCUCGGGAACCGCCUUCACAGCCCCCCGCCACGAGAACCAGCAAACAUGGCUCUACCGCAUCCUCCCCUCAUGCGGCCACAGUAACUUCGAGGCGCGCGAAUCAAAGACGUUCAACACCAACCCCGAGAACAAGCCAUGGGAGAAGAUCCACUUCAUCCCCAACCAACUGCGAUGGGACCCCUUCGACCUCGACGAGUCGGUCGACUGGGUGCACUCGCUGCAUCUGGUUGCCGGCGCGGGAGACCCCACGAUGAAGACGGGCGUGGGCUACUUUAUCUUCGCGGCUGGGAAAGAUAUGGCGUCGAAUGAGGCGUUUUACUCGGCAGACGGCGACUUUUUGAUCGUCGCCCAGCACGGCGUUCUCGAUAUCCAAACAGAGCUGGGCCACAUCGUCGUCCGCCCUAAUGAAAUCUGCGUCAUCCCCCGCGGCAUCCGAUACCGCGUCACGCUCCCCGAGGGCCCCGUGCGAGGCUACAUCCUCGAGCUGUACCAGGGCCACUUCCAGCUGCCGGAACUGGGGCCCAUCGGCUCCAACGGGCUAGCCAACGCGCGGGACUUCCAAGCCCCCCUCGCCGCCUUCGACGAAGACACAUCCACAGAAUGGCACAUACUGGCAAAAUUCGCCGGCCACCUCUACGCAGCAAAGCAGCAACACACGCCCUUUGACGUCGUCGCCUGGCACGGCCUAUACUACCCGUACAAGUACGACCUAGGCCGCUUCAACACCAUCGGCAGCAUCUCCUACGACCACCCCGACCCCAGCAUCUUCACGGUGCUAACCGCGCCGUCACCCCACCCGGGCACCGCAGUCGCAGACUUCGUCAUCUUCCCCCCACGCUGGCUCGUCGCAGAACACACAUUCCGCCCCCCCUGGUACCACCGCAACACAAUGUCCGAGUUCAUGGGCCUGAUCGGCGGCCAGUACGACGCAAAAACAGGUGGUGGCUUCCAGCCCGCCGGCGCCUCGCUGCACAACGUCAUGUCUGGCCAUGGGCCCGACGCGGCGACGCAUGAGAAGGCGUCGAAUGCCGAGCUGCAGCCGCAUAAAGUCGGCGAGGGUAGUAUGGCGUUUAUGUUCGAGAGUUACCUCAUGAUUGGCGUUACGGAUUGGGGGCUCAAGACUUGUCAGAAGGUGCAGGAGGAUUAUAAUGCGGAGAGUUGGGCGCCGUUGAAGGCGCAUUUUCAGAGACCGGGGCCGGCGAGGAUUGAGAAUGGGGUGGAGGCGGUGAGGGAGGGGGAGGAGGGGGAUAAGGCUACGGUGCCGCAUUAUACGUAA